ACGUUACAGCCUCCUAGAUGCAACAACCUACACAAGUACUAUUCCACGCGAGAAAUGAUGACACUGUGCUUGAGCAGCUAACUAGUGUAUUUAUCCCCUGCCAGCAGUGCGACAUGCAAUUUAUACGGGUGCGACGAGACUAUAGAUCGUUUUCUUUGUCACUGUCCGCCCUUUGACGCUCAACGACGUGCUCUACAAGCUAGACUCAGCCUAUUAGAUAAUAGAGUGCUCUAAGCGGAAAAGAUCCUGAGACCAUUGCUUACGCAUUCUUGAAUGUAAAAGGCCACAAAAGCUCUUCUGCACUUUCUGAAAGCUACUUGACUGUACUAGCGCUUGUGAUAGCGGACAUGCCUCUGCGAAUGAGCUUGCAAUGACCCACUUUUUAUUAUUUUUUUUCUUUCCUCUUUUUCUUUUCAUUCCCUUUCCUCAUUCCCAAGUGUAGGGUAGCCAAUCGGCCACGUUAUUGGUUAACCUCCCUACGUUUUCUACUUCGUUUCCCUUUCUCUCUCUCUCUCUCUCUCUGUAGCCAGCAAUUAUUCAGCUCUUCUUGAAACGGACCUGUCAGAAAGCAGUCGUACCUGCAAAUAGCCACAGAUUAUGCGAGCAUGUCUCAGCAACCCGAUAGAGCUUUAAGCUCCCAUCGAUGAGGCAGUUUGCACCUACGGCACUGACAAGCGCAGCUGCUUUAAUAUGCACCCGAUCGCGCAGACGGUGGGCCGCCAGCUGAUGGUGUACCUGAUCUCGCACCUGCUGACUCAGUACAACGUGGACCCGUACGUGCGCAACCUGGUGGACAGCACGCGUAUUCAUAUCAUGCCCAGCAUGAACCCCGACGGAUACGAGGUCGCCCAGGGGGGCAGCUGCUGGGGCACGCGAGGACGGCACAACGCUCGGGACGUGGACCUGAACCGGAACUUUCCGACCCGCUACAACACGCAGCUGGAGGAAGAGCAGCCCGAGACGGCGGCAGUUCGUCGGUGGUCGCGCGAGAUCCCCUUCGUGCUCGCCGCCAACCUUCACGGUGGCUCGCUGGUUGUAAACUACCCUUUCGACUACGCCAAUCCCCUUAUGCAGGGCUUUCAAGAGGAUCGCCAGCCAUCUCUGACGCCCGACGACGACGUGUUCCGGCACAUCUCCGCCGUCUACUCAUUCAACCACGCCAACAUGCACCUAGGCAUAGCGUGUUCCCCACACGGCCGGUCAGUCGUUCCCAAUGGCACAACGAACGGUGCCGCCUGGUACGCCUUCUCAGGCGGCAUGGGGGACUACAACUACAUAUAUGAAGGCUGCAUGGAUGCUACGCUGGAGGUGUCCUGCUGCAAAUUCCCACACCGUCGUGAACUCGCCCGCUUCUGGCAGGAGAACAGGCUAUCCCUGCUGGCUUACUUGGAUGAAGUUCACAAAGGCGAGUUACUCUAUUUUAUCUGCUACUUCUAUUUUUGGUGCUCGUAUGGCCCUUGCUAGGGAGUGACAAUGAGAGAGAGAGAGAGAAAGCGCGGAUAAGAGAAAUUCGAUAAACUCGGCCGGAGAAGCCUUGAGCAAGUACGCUACUAAAGGAAUCGAGAUAGACAUGAAAGAUUAAGGACAGAGAAAAAA